AUAAAGUAAUACACUGGGAUAUUAUUGUAUUACUGUUGAUUUUGUUUCACUAAGUCCUAAAUAUUAACAUUUUUCUCGAGUCGUAAAAGAACAAAUUUAGCGAGGCAACACGGGCCACGCGUAUAAAUUUCGCCCUGUUGUAGUUACUGUGUAAGUGUCGUCUUCGAGUGCGCAUGUGGUUGGGUAUUGUUAGUUUUGUUUCAGAUAUUCACGCAGAUUUAAGGGAAGGUUAACUGCGCUAGCAGUUCAUAAAGAGGCUUAGGAAAAUGAGAAGUGUUUACUAUAAGCUGAAGAAAAAGUGCAUAACUUUUAUGUCGCUUAAACUCGUAAGGGAGUUUUUGAAAACAUCAUCUUGAUAUAUACGUAUAUAAAUUUAAGUUAUUUUGUAGCAGGGUUUAUGACAAGAUGUAUUUGUUUUCGUGUAUUCUAAAAUAACGCUUGAUUUAUGUUCUGUGGGUGGACUUUCAAGGACCUAUUAACUAAAACAUAAAGUUCUUCAGAUAAUAUAACUUAAAUAAAAGGCCCAUAAAUCUCAAUAAUUUGAAUCUAACUAGCAUAAGGAUAUUGUAAUCCCAACAAUGUUUAUUUUAAAUGUCAUCUCCUCCUUAAUUGUUUUAUUAAGAAGCUUAUCUGCCUUCAUGAUAAGGGAUCCAUUCUUAUCCAUACACAUUCUUCAUUUAUUUUCAUUUCUUCGUCGUAAACACUUAAUUCCUAAUCUUAAUCAAUCAUUUAGAAAACUUCAAAAUUGCUUCAAAAUAUCAAUGGGUGAUUCGUUUUUCGCGAAUGCUAAUUUUCAAACAAAAACUAUUUCAUUAAAUAAAAAAAUACUACAAAAGUGAAGAAAGAGAGAAAAAAAGGUUAACAGUUUAUUUAGCAAUAUUCCCUGAGCUUUACUUUGAAGAAAACAGACGCCCUAUGUUAGAUAAACUUUUAUCCAAUCACGAGGCGGAGGAUUACAGGCUUAAGCUUCAGUGAAAAAUAUGUGCUGUAUGACAGACGCUACUGAGACUGAGAAGGAUAGAGGACACUUGCUCGUGGUACAGAGCGGUUUUUUAUUACUAGUGCUAGCUCAUGUGAAGAAUAAGAUCAAAAUAACAAGAAGAUUGAAAACUAGGGUUUCUCGCAAGAUUUACUCUUUGUGUACUGCGUAAUAAAUCAUUUAGUUCGGGUUUUGUCGUCUAGAUCAAUCGCACUUUGUUAAAACGAAACCAAUUACUAAAACCUUUGUUACUGUUUCUAGAUUUUACUGUUUUGGACAUCAUCAACAGGAUGUUGAGGUUCCUAACACAAAAGUAUUGAGUUAAAUACUAUUCUUAGAGCUUGAAGUAAACAGAAAUUACAAUUCCUAGUGUGAUAAAUUCAGAAAGAAACUGUUAUUGUUAAGAAGAGGGGAAUUAAUCAAACCAAGACAGUGAUACUAGUAUUUCAAUCCAGCCCGGGAAAACAAGUAUUGCACUGAAAACUGUUGAAUUACUCGAACAUCAGCUUAAGAGGAUUAAUCAACACCAAUUAUUUAUCUGUGGCUUACACCAAGAAGAUCUGUUGAGAAGAGCCAAGUAUAGGAUUAACACCAAAGUUAGCUAUCAGAGAAGUAAAUGCAGUAAGAGUACCAACACGAUUUACGUUGUGGUACUUUGGGCUUUUACUAAAAAGUACUCAACCAAAAACAAAAUUUUUGCAUCUUUUGUUUAAGUCUAAAACUAGAGUUAAAUUAAAUAAAUGGAUGUAGAACAGGACAGCUUUAUACGAGAACUUAACAGAAAACAACAAACAGGCCAGGCUGCCAAACAAACCCAUCCUUUUGAGAGCGCAGAUUCUGCAAGUGAGGACACACUGCCCGGACACCUUUCCCUCAACGGACUAACAAAUAUUAGUAAUAGUAGCCGAAAGACUUAUCAAUCCGAACAGAAAAGGAUCCUACCACGCCGCAACAGAAAACGGCUAGUCUUGAAGAAUGGAACUACUAAUGUGGUCAUCAAAAAUGUAGCCAAGAAACGGCAGCGCUACCUACAGGACCUCUUUAUAACACUAGUUGACAUUCAGUGGAGAUGGAACCUACUGGUGUUUGCAUUGGGAUUCAUCAUCACGUGGUUAGGGUUUGCCAUAAUUUGGUGGUUGAUUAACUUUUCUCAUGGAGAUUUUGAUCACCUGAACGAUACAAACUGGGAACCCUGUGUUCACAAUAUUAAAUCUUUUGCAUCGGCGUUUCUAUUUUCUCUGGAAACCCAACACACCAUAGGUUAUGGGUUUCGUUACAUCAACGAAGAAUGUCCAGAAGCUGUCUUUGCUCUCUGCCUGCAGUCCAUCACUGGAGUUAUAAUUCAGUGUUUCAUUGUAGGUAUGAUCUUUGCCAAGUUCUCUCGACCCAAAAAGCGCCAACAGACCCUCAUGUUUAGCCGAAAUGCCAUUGUCUGUGUCCGUGAUGGAAAACUUUGUUUAAUGUUCCGUGUUGGUGACAUGCGGAAAUCAACUGUGAUUGGUGCUCAGAUCAGUUUGCAUUUUAUUAAAAAAAAGACCACAAGAGAAGGUGAAUUUAUACCUUACUACCACACGCUGUUAGAUGUGUGCUACGACAGCGCCAAUGACAACGUUCUUCUUUCGUGGCCAGUAGUCGUAAUCCACGAAAUCAAUGAAACCAGUCCACUUUAUACCAUGUCAGCUGAAGCAGUCGUAAAGGACACGUUUGAAUUAGUAGUAAUCUUGGAAGGAACAACAGCGUCCACUGGUCAGUCCUUUCAAGCAAAAUCUUCAUACCUUUCCCAUGAAGUGUUAUGGGGACACCGGUUUGAAGAAGUGAUUUCAUAUUGCAAGGACACUGGUGAUUUUGUGGUUGACUUUGGAAAAUUCAACAACACUUACGAAGUUGAAACUCCACUGUGCAGCGCCCAGCGAUUCUACGAAUUCCAGAAGGCUUACACAAUGAACUGUGGAAAUCCAAGCGUGGCUCAGAAAAAGGUGGGCUAUGAGCUCCAAAAGGCUUACACCCUGAGCUGUGGAACUCUAAAAGUGGCUCAGAAGAAACUGAACUAUGAGUUUCAGAAGUCUUCCAGCAUAGACAUUGGAAGUUCGAACGUGGCGCAAGAAACCUUGAUGAGGAUGGAUACUUCGCACAAGCCUAUCUUUUUUGUAGGUUCCGAGUAGGAAAAAGAACUUCAACAUGUGAGAUGUAGAUAAAUCUUUAUCUGGUCAGUUUUUUUUUAAUAUAUUUUUAUGAUCGCGAGAACGUGGAUAAAACAAUACGCAAACAAGAUUUGACUGGAUCUGCUGGAAGUAUUAUUUGAGAUUUACUGUGAAGUCCAUGUAGCCUAGGAUUAUAGCUUAUUAUUUUUAUAAUAUUUUAUAUAUAUUAAUCUUUGUGUAUAUUCGGUGUUACGUUAGGUUGAGCACAAUUUCUAUGUUCUAAAUGCAGUGUAACUUUGUUAACUCGGUGAUUUCACAUUACGGUUAUGAAGUAAGAACGAGCUCAAAAUUCAGAUCAUAGUAGUUUACAACGUACGUUGAUGGGCAGUUUAAACACGUGCUUUAACAUUAAUAUUCAAAUUGUUCCCAUGAUUUAUAAUUAAUUUUAAUAAAUGACACAAAUUACUAACUUACAAAAAAUAAUAUAAUAAUAUCGGGAUGCUUUUAAUAGGUUUUUUAGCAAGCAGUAAGUGUGCUAAAAGUUACUAAUAAUAGAAAUAUUUACACAUCAGUAAGUUAUGUUACCAUAUGUUAUUUAUACACCGUCAAUGAAGUAUAAAUGAAAAUUUUAGCUGUACUCAAAUACAAAGCAUAUGUACAGUUUUCUAUAUAAUAUAUUUUUAUGGUCGUGUUCCUUAAAAGUAAAUUUUCAAAAGUUAUCACCUUUUUUCCGUUCCUUGUCCAUUACAUCUUUACAUUUUUUGGACAUUUUUGGACAACAAAGAAUUGUUUUCUUUGACCCCAUAAAAGGAUAAUAAUGUAUAUUUUAUAAAAAAAAUGUUCCUGGGAUUUUAUAAAAAUUAUAAUUUCAUUACCUUCUUUUUUAAGUUUAUACCAUGUGUAGAAUGAAACAAUGUCAAAAUUAUUUAAAUUUGGUUUUGAUCUCCAUAUCCAGUAUUGAAUAAGCAAGGUUUCCAUUCUUAUAUAUACAUAAUCAAGAAAUUGUGCUCUAACUAAAAGAUGUACGUAGAAAGAGAUCUGAGUUGAAGAUUAUGCUAUCAAUAAAAUAUGUGGACCAGUUUUAAUGUGUAUUUUUGUAUGGAAUACUUUGUUAUAACAUAACUUUUUUAUGUACGUAAAUGCUUUUGCUCUUUGUAAAGUUGAGUCAAUUAAAAUAAAACAGAAAUUUGAA